UUUUUUUUUUUUUUUUUUUUUUUUUGUUUGCUCGUCGUUUGGCAUGGGUUCGGACGACCACGAAAGCCCGCUUCGCUCUGCGGCACUCGAAGUGCUUGAGGCGCUGAAGGAAAACCAGGCGCCGAUGGACGAGGCGUUGAAGGCCGCGUACCGAUACGCGACGUCGCUCAAGCAGACCCUGGCGCUGUCUGCGGCAUUCCUCGACUCGAUGCAGGCCAUCGCUGACGCUGCGCAGCGAACCAAAGGGCAGACGCCGCGGAUUGGCGCGUCGCUGACCGAGCUGAUCAACGCGCAGCGCCGUGUCGAGGCCAAGCGCAACGCAUCGUGCUCGCUCAUCACGACCGCCUUCAUCAUGCCCGUGCGCGAGCGGAUGGGCAACGACCUCAAGCAGUUUGGCGUCCUCGAGAAGGAGUACGAGGCCAUGACCCGCAAGGCCAAGUCCACCCUCAAGAAGGCCGCCGUCAACUCGGUCCGCAUGACCAAGAAGGUCAAAUCCGGCAAGGACGCCUCCACUGCCCUCGACUCGGCCAUGCGCGAGGUCUCCAAGGCAGAGAAGCUCUUUGACGAUGAGCAGCGCAAGACUCUGAAAGAGUUCUUGACGGAAGAACGAAAGCGCUUCUGCUUCCUCGUCUCGUCGUACAGCGCGAUCGUCAGCUCAGAGUACGAUGAACACUACGAAGGCAUUGCCAUCGACCCCAAGAUGCGCGUCUGCCUGGAACAGGCACUUUAUCCCGACACGCUGCCAGAGGACUCGCUCAAGUACGUCGAAAGCAUCCAGUCGAUGAAGUCAGGCGCGUCCGAAACCAACCUCGCGAGCGCGUCUGGCGGCAGCGGCGCGUCGUCCCUCCACUCGAUUCCGGAGGCUACGGCGGCAGCGGCAUCCAGCUCGAGUGCCAUGCCCCCUCCGCCCGCAGCGGCCACUCUGGACAAGAAGAAGCGCAUGUCGUUCAUCCGUAAGAAGGACGACUCGGAGAAGGCUGACAAGAAGGCCGCCGAGAAGGCAGAAAAGGAGCGUGAGAAGGCUGAGAAGGAGCGGGAGAAGGCAGAGAAGGAAGCCGCCAAAAAGGGCCUCGCCUCCACCUCCACUUCUUCGUCCUCCUCUUCUGCACCCCCGCCUCCACCACCUCCAUCUGCCGGUGGCGCCCCGCCUCCCCCGCCACCGCCUUCUGCUGGCGGUGCCCCGCCUCCGCCGCCGCCGCCGCCGUCCGGUGGUGCAUCGAUGCCUCCGCCGCCCCCACCACCAGCCGCAGGUGGAGCGAUGCCCCCUCCGCCGCCUCCCCCGUCCAUGGGCGGAGGCAUGCCACCGCCACCACCACCGCCGGCAGCUGUCAAAGCGGCUGGACCACCACCACCGCCGCCACCGCCGCCGCCGCCGGCAGACGACGACGAUCUGCCUGACGCGUCCAACAACCCGAUGCUCGCUGCCUUGCAAAAGAAAAAGCUGAAGGCUGCCUCCACGAACGACCGAUCCGGCCCGCAGCUGUAACUUAAUUAGUUUGUGUUUUUUUUUUUUCUUCUUCUUCUUUUGUUCUCCUUGUUCUCCGUUCCGCGCAAUGCUGCCAGGCUCGUGAGCAGUCAACGCGAAUCUCGGUGCAACCCACCCAUGUGCUCGCCGUGUCGUGUCUUGUGGAUUGGGAUCCGUUUGUAUUGAAUUUGUCAAAGGUUUGAUAUUUGAUUUUUUGUAUACUUUUUUUGCGUUUUUUUUUUUUCCUCCUCCCCCCCCCCAAAUGCCCACUCUCUGAGUGGUGUGCUCAAUAAACAAGCAUUCGUCUCA